AUGGGUUUCGACUACAAGAAAGUGCUUCUCAUUGGAGCAACGUCUGGCAUUGGCGCUGCUUUGGCUGAGACGCUUGUGGAGAAUGGCGUGUUUGUGAUUGGAGUUGGCCGCAGAAGGGAACGAUUGGAAAGCUUCGCCCAGAAGCAUGGCUCGACGAAGACGGACUACAGAGUCUUCGAUGUCAAUGAUACGGACACGGCUCAAGCCUUCGUCGACGAGAUCUUCUCGGCUCACCCAGACAUCUCCUUCGUCUUCCUCAACUCCGGCAUCCAACGCGGCCUUGACUUCACCAACCCAUCAAAGGUCGACCUGUCUACCCUUGAAUUGGAGCUCAAGACAAACUACACCGCCCCAGUGCACCUCACCAACGCCCUCCUUCCCUACCUCACCCGCCAAUCCAGCCCAACAGCCUUGGCCUACACAACCACCCAACUCGCCAUCAUCACCUUGAACUCCCGCCCCAAUUACGGCGCUUCCAAAGCCGCUCUGCACCACUUCAUCCUGGCUUUGCGUGCUCAAAUCUCCAAAUCCUCCCCUUCCCUGAAGAUCAUCGAAGUCUUCCCACCAGCUGUGCAGACUGAGCUUCACGAUUCGAAGAACCAGCCCGAUCUUAAGAAUGGAGAUCAAAUUGGGAUGCCGCUGAAGGAGUUUAAUGACGAACGUUGGGAGGGGCUGAAGCAGGGGAAGGAGGAUGUUGUGGUGGGGAGUGCAAAGCCGAUUUGGGAAGCGGUAGAACCGCCUAGGAGGGAGGAGAGUAAGAAGUUCAAUGAUGUAAUGGAUGAGGCUUUAAAGGAUUUUUUGGCUUAG